AUGAAGAAAAAUAUGAUAUUCGUAAACAUUACGAUAAAGAAUGGAUUCAGAUGUCUAUGCGCACGCUAUGUAAUUUAUAUGAAAAUACGGAUUCCCCAAUGAUAAGAUGCCAAUGUGAAGACUGGUACACGGUUGCAAUUUUUGGAUCAUGCAUCGAUUUCUGUGUUAGGGACACACAACUGGGAACGGCAUUUGUUAAGAGAACAGAUGCCCCGUCGGUCAAUAGUGCGAACAGGAAAAACCGCGGCAGGCAAGCGAGUACGCGUACAGGAAAGCUUACCGGCCGCAACAUCGACGGGAUAAUUUAUAGCAUCAAUAGAAAACUUGAAAUGGGGGCUAUCGAAGCCGCGAAAUCUUUCUUGGGCGUUUCGGACCGGAAAUACCUUCUCGAGGCGUUCAAGAUGCCAAAAACUCUCCGGGACAUGUAUACUGAUAUGCUGAUUGCCGUAAACUACGAACGAGAAAAAGCAGACAGGUUACAGGUGGUUGGAAUCUUACAUCUUGGGCUAUGGAUCCAAUUUGUAAGAUUGUGGCGUGCAGGUGGUUCUGUUUGUAUUUUUCGAAAAGACCCGAGAUCCUUCAAUGUAGAUAGCAAGUUCUCGAAAAAAGGAGUAAGAUCUUUUCUUAAACUUUUAAUAACAAUUUAUCAAUACAAGUUGAGUAUUAAGGAUAAUCUACAAGUCUUGAAUGUUUUGGAUAAUAAUAACAAUGAUAAUGGAUCAGAUGAUGACCUGGAAAAUGAAUUAAUAGAAGCUAGCCGAAGUUCUACACCGCCACCCACAUCUAGAAUUGGAUUUUUUGCUGAUAACACCAAGACCCCAAGGAAGUUAAGGAAGAAAAAGCCGGUAAAAAAGAGAAGAUUAAAUAAGGACUAA